GCGGAAAGCGGAAGAAGGGAGUAAAACAACACCAGCGGCAGUUAGGAGAUCCUCGUUAGCUUCUCACAAAGUUCCGCUGGGUUGUGUGUGUUCACAGCCCAACAGGCGCAUUUUAAUCUGAAUCACACAAAAUGUCGCUGUUUGGUAAGAUAUUCGGCACCGGAGGAGGGAAGGGAGGAAAAGGACCGACUCCCCAGGAGGCGAUCCAAAAACUCCGGGAAACGGAGGAGAUGUUAGCCAAAAAACAGGAGUUUCUGGAGAAGAAGAUCGACCAGGAGCUGCUGACGGCGAAGAAGAACGGCACGAAAAACAAACGAGCGGCUCUCCAGGCCCUGAAGAGGAAAAAGCGCUAUGAGAAGCAGCUGGCCCAGAUAGAUGGGACGUUGUCCACCAUCGAAUUCCAGCGGGAGGCGCUAGAGAACGCCAACACCAACACGGAGGUGCUGAAGAACAUGGGCUUCGCUGCCAAAGCCAUGAAGGCCGCACAUGAAAACAUGGACAUCGACAAGGUGGAUGACCUGAUGGCAGACAUCACGGAGCAGCAGGAGCUGGCGCAGGAGAUCUCUGACGUCAUCUCCAGACCGGUGGGCUUCGGGGAAGAUUACGACGAGGAUGAGCUGAUGGCGGAGCUGGAGGAGCUGGAGCAGGAAGAGCUGGAUAAAAACCUGCUGGAGAUCGAGGGAACAGAAGACGUGUCUCUGCCCAGCGUCCCGUCCACGUCGCUUCCCUCUCAGCCAGCCAAGAAGAAGGUGGAGGAAGACGAGGACGACAUGGCUGACCUAGAGGCCUGGGCGGCCAACUGAGCAGGGUUUCCCUUGGAGAGCAGCAGGGGCUGUCGGCUGCUGAUGCUGCUUUGCGUCCCAGCUUCUCUUCCUCCUGAGUGACCUCUGACCUCUGCUCCCUCUGAGUGAAACAAAACAUCCUCCAGGAGCCUGCGGCUAGCCUGUGUUUGUGUGGAAAUGGUUUUGAUGUGUGUGUGACUGUGUGUGUGUGUGCGCAGCAGCAGGACCAGGCUUGUUUCACAGCAAUGUGAAGCAUCAACGCAUGUACAGAAAGUGGCGCAGCGGCGGCAGCCAUCUUGCUGCUCUCCAUGUUCCCGUCAGUCUGCUGCGCUGCAGAGAUGAUGAACCCGUUUCUGCUGAAUGUCUUGGGAACGUCGGAUCGGUACUGAACCGUGAUCCACACGUUACUGAGGGAGCAUUUGCUCCUGUUGCACAGCUGGAGUUUAAGUUUCCAUGAAACUUUCGCUGCUUCGCUUCAGCCACACCCUCGUCUUAUUUUCCUUAAGCAAUUUGGAAGAAAGCAUGAAAAAAUUUGCUCCCUUUCAAGAGUUUAAAUAAUCUAAAAUUUCACACACAUCUCUGAAACAGAUAUGUUGCACCAACCAACUGCUUAAAUUUUCUCUGUGCAUUUAGCUGCAGUGAUUUCAUCAACAACCAGGAAGAACACGCAGCGUUCCGCUCUGAGCUGCUGCUCUCCUCGCUGAGGAACCUCCCUCAGAUUGCUGAGGGAACCUCCUCAGAUUGCUGAGGGAACCUCCUCAGAUUGCUGAGGGAACCUCCUCAGAUUGCUGAGGGAACCUCCUCAGAUUGCUGAGGGAACUUCCUCAGAUUGCUGAGGGAACCUCCUCAGAUUGCUGAGGGAACUUCCUCAGAUUGCUGAGGGAACCUCCUCAGAUUGCUGAGGGAACCUCCUCAGAUUGCUGAGGGAACUUCCUCAGAUUGCUGAGGGAACCUCCUCAGAUUGCUGAGGGAACUUCCUCAGAUUGCUGAGGGAACCUCCUCAGAUUGCUGAGGGAACCUCCU